AUAUUAAAGCACUGAACCCAUGAGACCUCCACAUCCAAUCUGAAAUUCAGAGAGAGACGCCCAUAGAGAGAGAGAAAGAGAUAUGGCGGGCAAAGUAGUUCUUCACGGAAUGUGGGCUAGUCCGUACAGCAAGAGGGUGGAGCUAGCUCUGAAAGUGAAAGGGAUCGAGUAUGAGUUCGUGGAAGAAGACUUGACGAGCAAGAGUGAAGCACUUUUGAGGUACAAUCCUGUUCACAAGAAAGUCCCUGUUCUUGUUCACAAUGGCAAGCCCAUCGCCGAGUCACUGGUCAUUAUCGAGUACAUCGAUGAGACUUGGACGGAGGGUCCUCGCCUCUUGCCCCAAGAUCCCUUCGAGAGAGCGAAAGUUCGCUUCUGGGCUGGUUUUCUCCAGCAGCAGUUGUUUGAGGCCAUGUUAUCUGUGGUCAAAACUGAUGGAGAAGCGCAAGAGAGAGCUGUCAAGGAAGUGCACGAGAAACUGAAGGUGUUGGAAGAGGGAAUCAAGGCCAGUUACCCCGAGGGAUCCCCAUUUGUCAACGGCAACAGCGUGGGACUCCUAGACAUUGUUGUCUGCUCAAUAUUGGGUUCUCAUAAGGUUCAAGAAGAAGUCCUCGGUAUAAAAUUUCUGGACCCGGAGAAGUAUCCAAGGGUGACCUCCUGGGUGACAGCUCUAACUGAGUUGCCGUUGGUGAAGGAGGCAACGCCUCCUCAUGAGAAGAUGGUUGGCCUUCUUCAGUUCUUAAGGGCUAGGGCUCUUAAAUCUGCGGCAGCUUAAUGCUUAUAAGGGUCUCUUUGAUAAUAAGGGUGGGAACUUUGUCAGUCAAUCUCACAUAUCAUGUUUGAUUGCACUUCUACGUCUUCUGAAUGUAUUUGA